AUAUUAUCAAAUUUGUCGUCUCCAUUUUCUUAUUUUCUUCUUCAAAAUAUUUUUUUUUAAUUUUAUGUGUACAAAUAUUUUCGCAUCUCCCCUUUUCCCAAAAGAUUAUCUUUCUCCAACGCAAUCAAGAAGACUCAAAUCUCACUGCAAGAAUUUGAGAAUGGACUGGUCUGAGAAAAGCUCAGCUCAGAGGAUCGUGAUUCCGAACAGACACAACGAGAAGCUUGUGGGCCUGCUUCACGAAACUGGGUCAAGAGAAGUUGUGAUCUUGUGCCAUGGGUUUCAAUCCAACAAGGAUAACCAAACGAUGAACAAUGUGGCUGCUACUCUAGAGAAAGAAGGCAUCAGUGCUUUCCGUUUUGAUUUCUCUGGGAAUGGAGAGAGUGAAGGCAGUUUCUAUUAUGGUAACUAUAACCAUGAAGCUGAUGAUCUACGUUCUGUUGUCCAACACUUCUGUAACAUGGAUCGUGUGGUUCCUAUUGUUCUCGGCCACAGUAAAGGAGGUGAUGUGGUCCUAUUCUAUGCCUCCAAGUAUCACGAUAUCAGCAAUGUAAUCAAUCUCUCUGGACGCUAUGAUCUGAAGAAAGGCAUUGCAGAGCGUCUUGGGGAAGAUUAUUUGGAAAGAAUUAAGCAACAAGGGUUCAUCGAUGUUGAAGAUGGUGGAAAGUCAGGGUACCGUGUUACUGAGGAGAGCUUAAUGGAGAGGUUGAACACUGAUAUGCAUGAAGCUUGCCUCAAGAUUGACAAAGAAUGCAGGGUUUUGACGGUUCAUGGAUCGGAUGAUGAGGUAAUACCCGUGGAAGAUGCCAAGGAGUUUGCCAAGAUCAUACCGAACCACAAGCUGGAGAUUGUGGAGGGAGCUGAUCAUUGUUAUACCAAACAUCAAAGCCAGUUGGUUGCAAUAGUUACCGAGUUCGUAAAGACGGUCAUUGUGAAGCACAGCUAGUUCCUUUUUUUCUUUUGUUUCUUUGAGAAAAUGUCCAGGUUACAUACUCCAUUUUCUAAACUCGGUAAAACAGUAAAAGUCAUCUUAUAAUAUUUUGACAGUGGUUUUUA